ACCGUGGUUCAGCAACAGCUGACUGGUACAGCAGCAGCUGACCGUGGUGCAGCAACAGAUUGUUAGCUAGGAUGAUAUCACUGAAUAAUUCUGUUCGUGUGUCUGGAGAAGAGCCAGACCCUGCACGGGAAGAAAGGUCUGGUCGUGUUCGUGAAGUUGGAAGUCAGGCUGUGUGGUCAUUAUCCUCUUGUAAACCAGGGUUUGGUGUAGAGCAAUUACGUGAUGAUUGCCUAGAUACAUAUUGGCAGUCAGAUGGUCCUCAACCUCACCUUGUCAAUAUACAGUUUCGCCGCAAAACAACCAUACAGGAUGUAUGGAUAUAUGCUGAUUAUAAAGCUGAUGAAAGCUACACUCCCAGUAGAAUCUCCAUUCGCUGUGGGACUCAUUUCAAUGAUCUCCAAGAAAUUGAAGUGGUAGAUUUGCACGAACCAACAGGAUGGCUUCUCAUUCCUCUGAAGGAUAUACAUGAGCGUCCCAUCCGCACCUACAUGGUCCAGAUUGCAGUACUAUCAAACCAUCAGAAUGGAAGAGAUACACACAUGCGACAGAUAAAGAUUCAUUCUCCUGUUGAAGAUAAAGCUGUUGCUGUGGAAAGUGUGGGGGCAUUUACAUCAUCUGCAUUCAAACGAUACAGCUGCAUUAGAUGAUAUCCUUUUGGUGUAAAGCCUAGUUUAUAUUUUAAUUAUCUUUGUACAUGAAUUUAUAUGUUUAGUUUUCUGUGCUUCCAUGUAUAUAAUUUAUCUGUAUUUUAUAACUGUUUCUGUACCUUGUGCUUAAAAAGGUACAGCUAUGACUUACCAUUUCAUGAGUGAUCCAUGACCAACAAGUCAUAAGAAAAUUUGUUGAAAAUACAGGGGAAUGCAAGUCAGUCAUAAGCAGGGGUCACCUAUAUAGUUGAAUUACAUAUUUACAAUGUUCUUGUUGAGCUGGUUCUUCCCUCAAAGGUGCCCUAAUUCCUUGAAUUAAGCCUGAAUGCCUUCCAUCAUCCAACAUCCACACAGGCUUUGUAUAAUCCCUACAGGUUUAGUGCUCCCCCAUAAUAAUAAUUCCCUUAAGGUCUUGAUGCCAGUGAAGAGCUCUUGAUCUAAAAGAACUGAAGUUGCCUUCCCUUGUCUUGGACCAAAUCUGCUUGCCUCUUAUUCUCUCAGGCAGUGUGUGUGGCCCUUUCAAGUUUAGUGCUCCUCUUAUAAAUAUAAUAAUCAACUUGUCCUUAAAAAAGAAAAAAAUUGCAGUCUAUUUUGUUGACCUGCAACACUAAAAAGGAGGGGGCAAGGAAAAAAAAAAAAAGUCUUACUAUUAACGCUGCAUAUUAGACACCAUAUAAAUAGACAUCCCAUGGAAAGGUGUUAACUACAUAUUUUUUUUUCUAGCACACUGCCCAUAUCCCACUGAGGCAGAGUGACCCAAAAAGAAAAACAAAAGUUUUUCUUAUUAAAUUUUGUAAUUUAUACAGAAGGGGUUACUAACUUCUUUCUCCUGGCACUUGGUUGCCUCUUACAACAUGAAUGGCCUAUGAAGGAGGAAUUAUUUUCCACUUCCCCAUGGAGAACACUAUGUAAUAUUCUGCAAAAAUUAUCAGGUCAUGUUGACUGUUAAAACAAAUUUUGGUAAAUUCUUCUGUCCAUCACAGAGCAAUGACUUCAUUUUCAACCUCUUUCAGUUCUUUGACAUGGUUCUCUCUCCUUCUCCUCUCAGGUAUGUUCCUUUUAAUACGAGUUGGCAAGCUAUGUGUGGGACCUUUUGAGGUACAGUACCUUGAUGCCAGUGAAGGGCUUUUUAUUCAGCUGAAACUAAUGUACCUCCCUCUCCUUGGAUGGAAUCUGAUCUCCCAUUCUCCAGGUUUAGUGCAGUCCUGACCCUUCCACAAAUAUAAUUUGUGUGGAUAACGGAUAACAUUUUGCUUAAUUUGUCAUUUGUGGCAAGCAAACUGCCAUUUCAUUGUGGGGGAUGCCAGGGCUAUUGUCCAAAAUACAUACAUAUAGUAUAUAUUUUUUCAACACAUUAGCCAUAUCCCAUUGAGGCAGCAUGAUCUAAAGAGGUAAAAAAAAGUUUUCCUUUUUAAAUUUAGUAAUUUAUAUGGAAGAAAGGGUUGCUAGCCCCUCAAAAUAUAAUUAUUUCUGUUAUAUUCAUGAGGUAUCACUAAACCCAUAGGAGUUAGUGCUUGUAGAAUGAGAGAGAGUCCAACUUGAACUAAGAAUGGAAACCACUCAAGGGAGAUUCCUUGAUGUCGGCAAGGGGUUCUUGAUCCAAGGAACUGGGCAUGAUCGGGAUUGAACCCCAUUUCCUCAGACUUUUUGUAACCCCUGCAGGUUUAGCACUUCUCCAUACACACAAUAAUAAAGGGAAGGGUAGAUCCAGUUAACUGGAUCAAGAGCCCUUUGCCAUCAUCAAAGCACCCCUCUUGAAGGACAUAAGAGAUUAUAAGUUUUAAAGGAGAGGUUUUGGAAUAUUUGCAGUUUGGAGGGGUAUGUUAUAUAUCUUUAUAUAUGUUUCUAAACUGUUGUAUCUGGGUGCCUCUGCAAAGACAGUGAUUAUGUGUGAGUGAAGUGAAAGUGUUGAAUGAUGGUGAACGUAUUUUUCUUUUUGGGUCACCCUUCCUCAAUGGGAGACAGCCGACUUGUUGGGAGAAAAAAAAAAAGUUUUGAAUACCUGAAAGGAACUUAAUUCAAAGAAUUGGAUCUGUACUUGCUCUCUCUUAAUCAAACCUGAAUGCUUCUGACACCCGCAAGCUCUAUAAUGACCUUUACUGAUUUAGCGCUCCCCAUAAAUGUAAUACAGCCUCUCCUCAACGAUGGAGUUCCAUUCCUAAUAUGGCAUCAGUAAACGAUUUCAUCGCUAAACAAGGAGCAUACUAUAAUGGUAGUGAAUUUAUGUCGACCAUCUUUGAUACUGCAUCAAUGUCACCCUUGCACCAUUUCUAAUAUUUUUAGUAUAUUUUUAAAUGUUUAUACAGUAGUGUACAGUAUAUUGUAAUAAACAAAAUAGAGGAACUCAGCUCUUAAUAUACAUUAUUUAGGUAUGCAUACUGGUCAGAGAGCCCGUCGUAAGUCCGAGUCAUCGGUAAAUAGUACGUUGCUAAGUGACAAGGGGCUGUAAUAAACAGGAAUUUACUGGAUUGAAUUUCAGGUAUAUGUACUUAAAUAUUUUAAUAAAGAUAUAGUCUAUGCAACAGUCAUCCAAAAGAUAUAAAUCUGUAUCUUUGCUCUUUAUAUAGUUUAAAUUGCAAGCAUGAUGAAACGUGCAGAAUAGUUCCUAAAUACUACUUGUUAAAUGUUAGUUGUAACAGUGCUAUAUAAAAAUCUAUAUUUACUUCUUGAGGGAGCACUAUAUACAAAGUGGUCAUAAAGUGCAUUGGGGAAUGGGAAGUGAUCAGAUUCAAACCAAGGAAAGGCAGGGUAACUUCAAUUCUGUGGAUCAAGAACCCUUCACUGGCAUCAGGGCACUUCCCAUGAAGAGUAUAGAUCUAAAUGCAAGGACAAAAAAAAAAUAACUAAAAUACUUUAUUUAUUUUACAUUAUUUACAUAAAAUUUAUAGUGUAAUAAUUUUCUACACAUAUACAAAGAAAUAAAACCAUGUUACAUGGUAAAUAAUUCAUUGUUAAUAAUUGUACAGAAAACUAAAGAAUGAGUUAUGUAUAUAUGCUAUGUAUUAAAAAAGAAUUAUAAAUAAGACAUACUUUGCACAUUUCAUUAUUCAGUCAUUAGUAAAGAUAUGGCAAACUGUCCUUUCAUGCUCUUAAAAAAUGUACAUCAAAAUGUUGUCUGAGAGGUAUGCAAUGCAAAAUUUAGAAAAUAAAAAUGAACUCUUGC